CAUCACUACACUGCUCAACAAUCACUCGCACCGAGUCUCGAUUAUCGUGUUCCAGACGACCAUUUUUGCAGUCUUUAACUACCAAUCGAUAGCCGGCCUAUCGAUCUCUCAGCAAAGCAAGCUCAGCAGUUGGAAUCUACCAUUUCAACAUGUUCACGUCUUCACUCGCAUCAUGCCUGGCCCUCGCCCUGCUCAGCACGGCAAACGCCCAUAUGGUCAUGUCCAAUCCCAAGCCCCCUAACUUCGGGGUUCUUCGAAACGCUCCCAUGACGAGCAAUAUCUGGCCUUGUAAGAUCGGUGAAACGACGAAAGUUGAAGGUCAGGCCCCUAUAAUCUAUGCCUUCGAUGAUCCAUCGUACGGCGCCGUCACCAAAGCGCAAGCUGGAAAGUCGAUGGAAGUCGAAUUCACUGGCAGCGCUGUCCAUGGUGGUGGAUCUUGCCAGUUCAGUGUCAACUAUGGGGACACUCCAAGCAAGAACGUAGAGGAUUGGAAAGUAAUUCACACCAUCCUAGGUGGCUGUCCAGCCCAACAUGAGGGAAAUCUAGAUGAAGGAGGAAAUGAUAAGCGGGGGCACGCGAAGGGUCUGACCUGUAAGAACGCAGGUCAAGACAAGAGUACCGGUACAAAUUGUGUACGGGCCUUUGACAUCCCGAUUCCCAAGGACAUCCAAAACGGCAAGGCUUUCUUUGCAUGGACAUGGUUCAACCAUAUCGGCAAUCGCGAGAUGUACAUGAACUGUGCCCCUAUUCAGAUUACUGGUGGAAAGGAUGAUUCAUCCGGAGUCUCAAAGCUUCCCACCUUGUUUGCUGCUAAUAUGGGUGGUGCACCAGGCACUUGUAACACCGGUGAGGGGAUCCUCUCUAUCCCUGACAAACACAUAGGACAGUCUGUAGUGAACAACCUCAAGUCUGUCGACGAAGCUAGCAUCGGUAACUGUGGCAAAGCUGGCACUGGCCAUGGUAACGCUGGUGGAUAUGGAGGGGAUGCUUCUGCCCCCUCGUCUCCUGCAUCCGUUCCAUCAUCUGCUGCGUAUUCCGAGGGCGACAAGCCUGCGCCAACUCCAUCGCCACCCGCAAAGAACCCUCCGACAGCUCCAACGCCCGGAAAAAACCCGCCAGCAGCCCCGGCGUCAUACGAGAAGAGCCCUCCAGUAGCUCCUUCGCCCGCAGAGGACACUCCAGCACCCCCCUCAUCAUCCAAGGAGAACCCUCCGGCUUUGUCGCCGGCCAAGGAUAACACCACCGAAGUACCCUCGGACGGCUACUCUCCCGCCUCGUCACCGGCCAAGGACAACGCUACCGAAGUUCCUUCAGACAGCUACGCUCCCGUGGGAAGCGGCCCUGCGUCUUCGAGCAAUGGUGUCCCUUGCAAGCCAGAUGGCGCCAUUAUAUGCAUCUCGGAUACCCAAUGGGGUACGUGCAAUCACGGAUUUGCCGUGCCUCAAGCUGUCUCCGCCGGGACUGUCUGUAGCGGUACUGCCAUCAAAGCCCUUGCCAAGUCGAAACGUCACAGCAUCCACCACCUACGCUCUCAUCCCCGCUCUUUCAUAUGAGAUCCAGCUCUUGACAAACCGGCAGCGUUAGCAUUA